GUACUCACGACCCUCCCAUACAGACCUCCUGCUCGGUUAAUAGGAGCUAAUUCUUGACUAAGUCCACUCAUAUGGCUUUCGAUUUAAUUUUUUAUUGCGUGACAGUGAAAACGCUCUAUACUAGUCUAUCCGGUAAGGUCUCAAACGAUAAGGCAAAUGUUAUUUCUGACGAAUGAGCUUGCGAAGAAGGCCGAAAGAACUAUUUUGCCGGCACGGGACAUAACGCGGCCUGUGCUCCAGGCCGGUGCAUCAUGGGUAGAGAGAAAGGGGUAUAUACGGGGGAGUGUAGCACGUGAUAGUCAUCUAGGCCUCUGAAUCAACCCUGUUCAGAGCUCCGUUUAAUUUUUUCAUUUUAGUUUUUCAGGUACUGUUACUGCACUAUCGACAGUCUUACCUUUGUAAAGCCUCCGUAGGAAAGGCCACCAAUCGCUGGAGCAUGAGCCAUGGUCCAAAGUAGUGGACACCCAAGCCUAACUGGCGUGAUAUGUUUGUGUACGGGGAUUUUUGGUCCAUAGUAAUGGACACCCCAGCCUAACUGGCAUAAUAUGUUUGUACAUAAGAUUUUUUUGGUCCAAAGUAGUGGACAUCCCAGCCUAACUGGCACGAUAUGUUUGUAUAUGUUUUUUUUUUGGUCCAAAGUAGUGGACACCCCAGCCUAACUGGUGUGAUAUGUUUGUGUACGGCGAUUUUUGUCCAAAGUUGUGGACACCCUAGCCUAACUGGCACGAUAUGUUUGUAUAUGGUUUUUUUUGGUCCAAUGUAGUGGACAUCCCAGCCUAACUGGCGUGAUAUGUUUGUGUACGGGGAUUUUUGUCCAAAGUUGUGGACAUCCCAGCCUAACUGGCAUGAUAUAUUUGUACAUGUAUUUUUUUGGUCCAAAGUAGUGGACACGCCAGCCUAACUGGCAUGACAUGUUUGUGUACGGGGAUUUUUGUCUAACGUUGUGGACACCCUAGCCUAACUGGCAUGAUGUGUUUGUAUAUGGGUUUUUUUUGGUCCAAAGUAGUGGACACGCCGACCUAACUGGCAUGACUUCAUUGUGUACGGUGAUUUUCGUCUAACGUUGUGGACACCCUAGCCUAACUGGCAUGAUGUGUUUGUAUAUGGGGAUUGGUCCAAAGUUGUGGACACACCAGGCCAUCUCCUAGUUGUAUGUUGUAUGCAAAUUUCUUUGCUCUGUAACUUUAAACACGUUAUAUUUGUAUACGCGGGAGUUUUUGGUCCAAAGUAAUGGACACUCUAGCCUGAAUAGCAGUCAGAUGCAAAGCUCGUUUAGUCUGCGUUAUGUUCGUGCACGUUCUACGUGUAUAUGUAAUAUGCUCGUCAAAUACUUAUUGUAUUCACAUCUUCUUUGAAGAUGGAUUUUUUCCAAGAAUCCACAAGGACGGAUUGCACAAGUGGUCGGCGAUAAGAGUUUAUACCCGUCAACGAACAGUUAUUGAAUGAGUUAUGUAGAUUCUUAAUCAUGUAGUUGCUGUAACGUAGUUUGGGUUGGUUCUUGCCAGGCCGUCUCCAAAUAUACUUAUUUGCCUAUAUCAGCUGUGUAUUCACUCGUUGUGAAGUGGAGACAAAAUAGACAAAAUAUUUCUUCAUUACUUUCCACUCAGCUAUAUUCUAUGAUCCCUUUGGGGCACGUAUUUUGAAUGUUGUGGGCCCGCCCCUCUCUCCUCGCCCUCCUCGUUCCAGGGCCUUCUCCACUUUUCAAAAAAAUCUUCGAGGAGAAGACCCUGGGGACGAGGUUGCCCCGCCCUCUCAAUCUUUGCCUAAGAUUGGGUAUCUCACGUGACGGCAAUUUCUGAGAAAGCAGGCUUUCUGCGAAUCACAAUCUCAGUUGGUCAAGGAACCAUUUUGGCGUGAUUAUAGUGUUGGGGAAUAAUCCGACUCUUGUCACCGCGAGUUUUCACAGGCAAUCUCUUCUGUUACUUCCAACAACAAAAGAAACUUCUAGUUCCUAUUUCUGACCAGAGAAGGAACGUCUAAACGAUGGCAAAGGCUUCAUCUUUAGCCCAGAAUUUGGUGAAGGAGUUGGAAUGCGCGGUUUGCUUGGAGCAGUACAAGGAGCCUAAAGUUUUGCCAUGUCUUCACUCGUAUUGCAAAAAAUGUCUAGAAGGUCUAUUAACGAAACAAGGAGUGGUGUGGACGAUAAAUUGUCCAUCUUGUCGGAUUAGUGUGGAGAUCCCUAAAGGAGAAGUUGAUUCCCUGCCAGUCAAUUUCUUUCUCAACAAUUUGUUGUCCAUGGUUUCUCUUCAUGGAGAUUCUGGGAGUGGUAAUCUUGAGUGUGAUAAUUGUGACAGUGGUGACCCUCCUGUCAAUAGAUGUCCCACGUGUUGCCAUUUCCUUUGCGAGUUUUGCACUGCUGGACAUAAACGAGGACGCAGUACCAAAACUCAUCGUCUGAUGUCUCUUGAAGAAGCCAAAGAAGAGGGACCUGUAGCUGUCACACGUCCAUCCUUGUGCAAAGAACACGAUGGAGAGAUCCUAAAGCUAUUUUGUGAGACAUGUGACGAGGCUAUAUGUAGAGACUGCACUAUUGUGAAGCAUCGUGAACACAAAUACACUUUUGUUAAAGAUGCUUUCUCAAAGGGCAAAGAGAGUGUGUUGAAAAUUAUGUCAGAAACGAAAGCAAAGGUAUCAGUACUUAAGGAGGCAUUAGACGGUGUUGCAGAAGUGAAAAGAAGUGUUCAAUCCCAUGCAGAACAAACUGUGCAGGAAGUCUUCAGCUGUUUUCAAGAACUUACAGCUUGCCUUAAUACUCGCUGUAAUGAGUUAAUUUGUAGGGUAGAAGAACUUAAGAAGACUAAACUGAAGUCCCUGGAAAUACAGCAAGGGGAACUGGAAACAGCGUUAGGAAGUGUGCAGAGCAGCAUUGAAUUCACAGAAAGAGCUCUGGAAAAUGGAAGUGAAGUUGACAUUUUGAACAUGCGCAAACUAAUGUCUUGCCGAUUACAAGAACUGAAUUCAGCCAAGUGGCAACUGGAACCAAGUGCCCAUGAUCGCUUUAAGUUUUGCCCUGAUGAUCAACUGAAACAAGCGUUGCCAAGCUUUGGUGAUGUCACUGAUGUGUUCACACACGCUGGUUCAUCAACAGUAACAAUGGGACAUGGAUCAGAGGGUGUGAUGUACAAUACACUAAAUGGGCAGUUGAUUGAAUUCUUGAUAACUGCCAAGGAGUUGAAUGGAGGGACACGAACAGAAGGUGGUGAUGUUUUUGAAGUCGAAAUCUCCACCCAAGAAGGUGAACUAGUUUUUAAUAUUCCAGCUGUGGACUGUGGAAAUGGCACAUACAGUUUCUGUUUUACUCCAGUCCAUGGAGUUAUGGAGUACCAGUUGUCAGUGAAACUAAAUGGUUGUCAUGUGAUGGGAAGUCCUUUUGCAUGGGUUAAUGAAAUAUGGAAUCUUUACACACAGGUACAUGAUGACUACGGGUAUUCACAUGGCAGGUCCUCUUGCUACAUUCAGUUGACUGAGGAUAAUAUGAAAGCAACAGUUCAGCAAGACAGGAUAACAUAUGAUGUUUAUGAUUAUCCUCAGGCCGGUUACUAUAAUUAUUGUGUUGAUGAAGUUGUUUUCCAUUGUGACAGCAAGUGGACAGUUUUUGGAUCUUGUUCUUUUGGUUCUGGUAAGCAUUCAUGGAAAGCCUGCAUAUCAGGUAAUUUCACAGCUGGAUUUGCUUUUGGGGUUGGUGGAAUUCCACAAAACCAACAUCCUCAUGAUUCCCACUGGACAUGGAGUGCGAUUAGCAACUGCAUGAACAAUGAUGUAAUUGAAUUUUACCUGGACUGUGAUAAUAAGACAUUAAUGAUGUACAAUCAACGUACCAGACAGCCCCACACAUUGAGGAGAAUCCAAGGAGAAAUGUUUCCAAUGUUUGAAUUGUGCUGCAUUGGAGAUGAAGUUACCUUGCCUUGCCAGCCCAACUCUAGUCAAAAGGAAACAUUUGGUGGACAUCCAUCUGAAGAACCAUCAUGGUACUAAUAUCAAUACAUGUUAUAAUCUAGUCAUUACAUUUAUAACAAUCAGUUGUUAGCUUGUUAGCUUUGGUAUGUCCACUGAACAUGCAUUUCACUGAAUCAAUGCUCAGGCAGGUGAAAAUGAUGCAUAAGAUUUUUGUCCUGUGAUAACUUACACUAGUUGGCACAUACUAAGUUCAAAUGUUUUGUUUCAGUUCAGAGUGCCAUGUGGUUUUUCUUCUCAGUGUCAAAGGUUUAUACCAAUAUAACAUUUCUUGCACCAAAUAUCCCCACCCACUGUAGCUGAGGUUGUGCAUGUUUUUGAGCAAUUUUAUAUUGGACCCUGGCAGAUAGACUCAGUGGGCCAGUCCUCUUAAACAAGAAGUUCUUGUACAAUUGGAGCCUGGUCUGCAUAUAGGGACUAAGGCACCCCCCUCCCCCACUAAAAAAAAAACUUGGAGUGAAGUGAGGCUAGUCUGGGAAGGAAGAUCUCCCAUGCCCAGUUUGGUUUUUAACUCCCAUACUAUACUAUUCUUAAUAGCCUAGGUCUGCAUGGCCGCCAUACUCACCAAAAGUUGUCAUACCUCUAGCAGACAAACAACUGUUUCUUUUCUGCACCAUCACUGAUAAAGUAUAAUAACUAAUACAAUUUAAUAAUCAUAGUUGUAUAAAUGUCUACCAGCAAUCUUUUAUGGAAAGCUGACAACACUCUCUAGGCUAACCUGCUAUGGACUAGCGUCUAAUCCAGCAAGUGUAACAAUGCUCUUAGUAAUUGCUUUAUGCUGUCCCCCUGGGAUGAGUUCUAACAGUGCGGGCUGUUUUGUGCAAAUGCACCUUUUCAAUUAGCCUUAGCCGUGUUAUUUUCACUGACUGUAGAAGUCACCAAACAAACAGUCAUACAUGGCAUCGUACAGUCACAGAGCUCUCCCUGCAAAUGAUCAUGUUUUUAAUGCUGUGCAGUAAUAACUAACUUUGAACACUAAAAAUAGCAUCAAUGCGUAUGUUACAGAAUGCACUAUUUUGUCCCAAUAAACUGGUCAACUACAUUUCCCUCCUUUUUGGGGCGUUCGUUUCAUAUUCAUUAUUGGUGUUAUACAAAUUUGUAGGGUGUUAGAAAUAGUUACAAGAGCGAUGAAUUUUAUUCUUUGAUACAUUUAUAAGGAUAAAUUUGGUUAGUUUCUUUAAGUUUAAAACAUGAAAGAUCAUCCUAGUUAUGUACACAACUUGCAGAGCUAGAAAAAUACUUGGAUUCCAUCUUGCCCUUCGGACAAGCAGUUCUCAAAUUUUGCAUGCCCUGAGCGAGACUUAGUUUACUGUUUUUAUUACUUACUUGGCAGAUGACUUCCCUGGGCCUUGCCCAGUGGGCAAGUGAGAAUGAAAAGUUACAUGCCAGGCUGGAAAAUCUACUUGUCCGGGACGACCAGAUGGCACUUUUUUCGAGCCCUGAACUUGGGUGGUUGCAAAAAUAAACCCUGAAGAAAAUUCAUUUAGGCUUGAAAGGGUUUUGAACUUGGGACCUCUGCGAUACCUGUCCUGACCAGUGCUUUGGUCCAACCGUGCUAUCAAGCCUGGUCAUGUUAUCCCACAGUUCAAAUAUAUGAUUUUAUUAUCACUUACAUAGUUUCUUUAGGUGUUGGAGAAAGGUUAUUGUAAUAUUAUCUUUAUGAACUCGAUACAGAUAGCUUUUAGGAGGGGCUACAUUUGUAUGAAAGGGUUAAUUUUGGACCCAGUUUUCACCAGAUCUCACUUUGUCUGAUGCUGAAGAGUUUUGCCAAUCUGUGGAAGAUUGGAGGAAAAAAUGGUGCCCCUCCUGUUGGCAAGGUUUUUGUCAUUAGUGUAUAAAGUAGCUCAUUUAUAUAUAUUUUGGAAGUACAGUGUAGUCAAUUAAUGAACUGCAGUAUUAAUUUACAAUUCUGUAUAAAGCAGGUUUUGAAUUUUAAGUACAGGUGAAACCAUGGUAUUGUUUAAUUGUACUGUACAAGGUCGUUCUUUCUUUUCUUUUAAAUCUCCAUGAAACCAUAGAUUGAGGUUUUUUAAGUUGUACAUGUGCAUUGCUAUGGGAAUUAAAUUCCAUUCCGGUGUUGCUGCAUUGUAAUUUCAAGGGGUUAUCUUUAGGACGUGUGUAUACUCUGUAAUUCCCAACUGUAAUUUACAUGUAGUUGUAAAUUCAGUCAACCAAAAUAUUGUACAUCAGAUAUUAGCACUAGGAAAACAAAAUUAAAGUUUGUAUCUGAAAGUUUGUCCCUCAUUAAACAAAGAUUUAUGUUC